AUGGUGGCCAGUCCCAGAGCCGAGGUGAAGCAAGAUCAGUGGGCAGCUGCCCUUGAGGAGCUUCUCGAGGAAGUCCGCCUAUCAAUCUUGAAGGACUCAGCGACUGAUCUUCUUGAUGGUGACCCUCGCCUGCAGACCAUCUUCGAGCGGGUGUCAGAGAAGCUGACGGCCCCUGGCGAGGGUGGCAAGGAGCUCUCGGAUGCCAAGUCUGCACAAAGGUACAGCCUGUAG